AUGUCGCUUCUUGAGAAGUUCCAAGACUCGAUGGAAAGCGUAUACGGGAAGUUCUCCGAUGUUUCCGACAUCACCCAAUGGACACCGGCGCCAAACUCGGGAGGCCAUCGAGGCUGCUAUCUCUGGAAGGAUGCCUUUGGCGUUUUGAAUUUCUUGACCCUUUUUAAGGAGACGUCGUUAACAGUAGACAACAAGGCUGCAGCUAACAACUAUCUGCUCUUUGCCCAGCGCCUCAUCGUUACCGUCCACGAUGUCUUGGGUAGAACUCGGGAUGGCAGUUCGCGACUCCCUGACGCAACUGACGAGGAGCCCCUGAGAGGCGGUUUGCGGAUCGGAAAGGAAGAGGAAACAGGUCCUAAUGGCGACGGCCAGUAUUUUCAUUAUCUCACCAUGUGGAUGUUUGCUCUCAACCGAAUGUCGAUGGCAACUGGGGAUCCGUCUUACAACAGACAAGCCGUCUCCCUGGCAAAGGCCAUCCAUCCGCACUUCUUCCUCAACCGUGCUUCAGAAAGGCCGCACAUGGUAUGGAAGGUUUCCAUGGAUCUGUCACGUCCACUCGUUGCUAGCGAAGGGAAUCUAGAUCCAAUCGACGGUUACGUGGUUUUCCGUCUGCUGCAGGCAUCCGCUCUGAAGUACGGCGAUGGGGUAAUUCUCGAGGAAGAGAUUGGCGACUACAAAAGGGUGAUGGCCCGUAAAGGGGAUUACUUAGUGACGAGGGAUCCUCUCGAUCUGGGAAUGACGCUUUGGACGGCUCACUGGUUCGCUGAGAGGGAAAAAUGGGCUCGUGAUCUGUCAAACAGAUGUGUUGCUCAGCUCCGUAAUCCUCACUGCACACCCGAUCCGGGGGAUCUCCCCCAGGAUAGUGGGCUAUUCGAUGAGAAUCAUUUCCUGGAGUCGAGCCUGCAGUUGCGUCUGGCGUUCAGGGAGUUCGGGUCGUGCCUCGGUAUAGGCUGCCUAACAAGCACCAAGUCGAGCGACGUGGCAGCAGAGUUGAAUGCUCGAUCAAAUGAGAUAAUCACCCAGUGGCAAAACUACAUUUCGUCAUCGCUGACCCCAGACGAUCUUAAGCCUAUCACCAGGGUUAUGUAUUCUACAGCAUUAAUACCAGGAGCUUUCAAAUCUCGCUAUUUGGGUGAUGAACCAAUUGAUCACAUUUGA